AGUUCUAGCUAAGAAGUAGAGAUGUAGAUAGUCGUGAUGCUUGAACCACUUCUCCGUACCCGAUAUCGGCCUGAUGACCCCCUACUUGGCCAGGGUUAUGCUAUGCCUACUAUAUCCUCAUCAGUGCCACGCAUUCGUUCUUCCUACAUUUCGGUUUUUCUUGAGAGGAUAUUAUCUUUUACCAUACUAAAACCGCAACAUGAUGACAAGCAAUGAAAAGUGUCGAGAUGUACCAGCGCUGAAGCCAAUGAGACGAGCUUACCCUUACCUAGAAAUAGUCGUCAUUCUGAGCCUGGUAUUCGUUCUCAUGGUCAAGCCUAUUGUGGUGACAUGGAUGAUGAAACCCGCCGACAAGAAUGUCCUUUUCCAACUAGUACCCUUUACUGACGGACAUAUUGAUUUUCCAAUAUGGAUCAGAGCCUUUUAUCAAAACCGCAUAUACCAGAACAACUUCACAAAUGGCCAACCUCUUUUUGGUCAAGUUGAUUUCCCGAGGCUCAAGGAGGGCAAGUUGGGAACCGCGUUAUGGAGUGUCUACGUUGAAUGUCCUGGAGACGAGAAUAGUACCUCUGAUGAAGUGUAUUAUGAAACAAUUCAUGACACAAUGCAGCAAAUUGACCUCGUCUACCGUCUGAUUAAGGAAUACCCUGACUAUCUGGAACACGCUUACAGUGCCGCAGAUGUCGAGAAAAUCUUCAGAGCACACAAGACCUCCAGAAUCUCAUCGCUGAUGGGAGUCGAGGGAUUGCACCAAAUCGGCAAUAGCGCUAGUAUACUCCGCAUAUACCACGCUCUGGGCGUGCGAUAUGCCUCGCUCACGCACACCUGCCACAACAGUUACGCUGACAGCGAAGAGCCUGCUCAGCCAUUACACGGCGGACUCUCUGAAGCAGGGAAGGCCAUGGUUGCCGAGAUGAAUCGGUUAGGCAUGAUUGCAGACCUUUCACACACCAGCUUCGAUACUCAGCGAGAUGUGCUGAGGAUCUCUGUGGCGCCUGUUAUAUUCUCGCACUCGAAUUCGUACCACUUAUACAACCAUACCAGAAACGUACCAGAUGAUGUCCUUGAAUCACUCAAGAAUAACCAUGGGGUCAUCAUGGUUACUUUCUAUCCUCAAUUUCUUGGAAAUGACAGCUCCAAAGCAUCGUUGGGACAAGUGGUGGAUCACAUACAGUACAUUGGGGAGAAGAUUGGGUAUGAGCAUGUUGGAAUCGGCUCCGACUUUGACGGCAUGGAGUCGGGACCAUCCGGACUAGAGGAUGUCUCGAAGUAUCCCGAACUCGUUGCGGAACUUCAACGUCGAGGUUUAGGGGAUGCGGAGGUCCUCGGCAUCAUGGGACACAAUUUCCUUCGUGUCUUCAAAGCUGUCGAGCUUGUCGCACACUCGAAGCAGCAUGAACAGCCUCUAGAAGAUGUUGUAAAACCGUUCUUUGCUAUGACAACGUUCACUGGCACUAGAAAACUAACCGUGGCGAGCGAUGGAUGAACAACUCCGUUCAGAGGCAGAUGAGUCAUUGUUUGACGCUAAAGUUUUGAAGUACCAUACGCUCACGGGUCCGG